AGCAGCAGCAGGUGGACUCUCUUUAUUCCCCCUCUCAAGACAAGCAGCUGCUGCAACCGGCUAAGGGAAGGAGGGCUCUUCCCCCCACAUCGACUAUGGAGAGAAGGCGGCGGGGAUGCGACUGAAUCUUCGUUGCGGGUCUGAGGAACAAAGGAACUCCUGCUGAAGAAGGAGAAGAAGCGAGGGAGCCCCAGGCGCGUUGCUUCCCCGCCACAGAGCCGCUUCCAGGCAGAAAGAGAGAGAGAAAAAAACCCAUCUCCUUAGCGCUAGAACCAAGAUCGAGGGAAGCUUCAAUCCCGCUCCCUUUCUUUCCAGAUCCUUUCUUUUAUGGGCGCAGCGAAACCCGGAGCUCCGAAGAAAUUCCCCUCCACUAACCAUGGCACUUUCCGGGGUGAGCCGGGAACUUGGGCUUGGGAUCCCCGGGGUGCUCGCCGCUUGCCGGACCUCCUCUUUUUGGCACCCUCUCUUCAUCCGGAAUGACUUUUCCGCUUAGCCCACUUUGACUCGAGUUUGUGUGUGGGAGAGAACGGGGCACUUGGGCUCUCCGCCUUCCCGGGAGCCGGCGAGCUUUUUCCAGCCAGAGUGGCCGUCGUGAAGGUUUCAAAAGCUGCUCCCUUCCUGGAUGCCUGCUGAGGGGCUGUUUUCCCGCGUUGGGUGGGAGUUUUCUGAAGUGAGCUUGUGGCGGCCUCCCGAGAGGAAGGAGCUCUCUUCCCGCCUCGAGUCCCCGAGGAGGCGCCUUCCUGCCCGGGCUGAGUGCAUGCGCGCCAGUCCCACCAGGCUCCUCUGCUCCCGCCAUGGCCUUCACGUUUGCUGCCUUUUGCUACAUGCUCUCCUUGGUCCUGUGUGCUGCCCUCAUCUUCUUCGCUAUUUGGCAUAUAAUCGCAUUUGAUGAGUUAAAGACAGACUUCAAGAGCCCUAUAGAUCAGUGCAACCCAGCGCAUGCGAGAGAGCGAUUGAGAAAUAUUGAACGAAUCUGCUUUCUUUUGCGAAAGCUAGUAUUGCCAGAAUAUUCGAUCCAUAGCCUUUUCUGUAUAAUGUUUCUGUGUGCUCAAGAAUGGCUGACCCUUGGCUUGAAUAUUCCUCUGCUUUUCUAUCACUUCUGGAGGUAUUUCCACUGUCCCGCAGACAGUACGGAGCUAGCAUAUGACCCUCCUGCAGUAAUGAAUGCAGACACCUUGAUCUACUGCCAAAGAGAGGCCUGGUGUAAACUAGCGUUCUAUCUCCUCUCGUUCUUCUACUAUCUUUACUGGCUGGUGUCCCUUUUGCUGCUAAGACCAGACCUAUCUCCUACUGAAACGUUCCUCUUUGGACAUGUCUGAAGCAUGAUCUACUCUUUAGUGACUUCCUAAUUCAAAGAAGCCGUUAAAGACUGGAAACUACAAAGGGUAGAGAUUAAAGACAAGCUGGUCUACAGUCACACUUGCUAUACGAAGCACCAUAAAGAAAUGGAAGCUUUGAACCCAACCACCAUACUGGAUGUAAAAAGGGGGGGAAAUCAUUAGAAGAAGUUGAAAAACCUGAAAGUAAUAGAUGGCUGAACAAACUGCUUCUCCUGCUUACCGUUCUGUGUUUUACAUCCUUUGGGAUUUCCAGUUCCCCAGCAUGAACAAAACAAAUACGACUACUGGCUUCAUCUGCAUGUGACGGGAGCAAAAGAUUCUGUCAUAUUACUUUAUCAUAGAACUGCAGCUCCCAAAAGGAGGAAGAUUUGUUUCCUUACCCUUUUUUCACAGAGGCUGCCUACAAAAACUGACCAAGAAGAUUGCUGCGAAGUUUUGAUGUGUGAUUCUCUGCUCCCAGGGUGUAUAACCAGUUGCUGGACACAAGCUGGGAAAUACCUGGCUAAAUUGCUCUUUGCAAUUCACAUGCCUGAGGAAGAAAAGAUGCACCUUGUCAAUUAGAACACAUUGGCAGAAACAUGUUCAAAUUAUGCACCCAGCCAUUCUCACUUAAAGGCUUUUCUUGUGGUUGAUCCUCCAGUGGUUUUUAGUAGCAUAUCCAAGCAAUGCUGAACCAAUUCAGACACGGUGCAGUCAAUAGUACUAGCCCGUUUUUUAUGAUGACACAAUUAUGUCAAGCAUCCUAUAUAGUAUAAUAUUUCUUCUACUGGAGGAAAAAUACUAAUAACACACAAAGGAAUGGUGUGGCAGAAAGUUCUGCAAUACAGACUGCAAAAGGACCACAUUACUUUAGUCUGCAGUCUUGUCAUGUGGUUUUAGUUGUACGGUGCAACAGAAACUAAAGUUAAUGGCACUAUUCAUCCCCCACAAGCAUAUUGAAUAGAUGUUGUAGAGCAUAGUAAUAAAUGGUGAUUAUUAUUAA